AUGACGUCGGAGCGUUCUCGAAUCCCGUGUCUCUCGGCUGCUGCUGCCGAAGGAACAGGGAAAAAGCAACAAGAAGGAAGAGCAAUGGCGACACUGGAUCGCAAAGUGCCCAGUCCGGAGGCGUUUCUGGGCAAACCCUGGUCCUCCUGGAUCGACGCCGCCAAAUUACACUGCUCCGACAAUGUAGAUUUAGAAGAGGCUGGAAAAGAGGGUGGAAAAAGCAGGGAGGUUAUGAGGCUUAAUAAAGAAGAUAUGCACUUGUUUGGCCACUACCCAGCACACGACGACUUCUACCUCGUGGUGUGCAGUGCCUGUAACCAGGUCGUCAAGCCGCAGGUCUUCCAGUCCCACUGCGAGAGAAGACACGGUUCAAUGUGUAGACCUUCUCCCUCUCCGGCGUCGCCACCCUCCAAUGCCCGGACAUCACUAGUACAGGUGAAAACAAAAGCCUGUCUCAGCGGCCAUACCUCUGCCAGCAGCUCCUCAAAGCCAUUCAAAACGCCCAAAGACAAUCUCCUAACCUCCAGCAGCAAACAGCACACAAUCUUUUCAGCGAAGGGAUCAAGGGACAAAACAUGUGUUCCGGUUCCCGUAGUCAGUUUAGAGAAAAUUCCUAACCUAGUGAAGGCAGAUGGUGCCAAUGUCAAAAUGAACUCUACAACCACUACUGCAGUCACCUCCUGCUCCACCUCGUCCUCUGCCGUCUCCACCCCACCUGUAAUUAAGCCGGUCUUGAUGUCCAAGUCAGUGCCACCUUCCCCAGAGAAGAUCUUAAAUGGCAAAGGAAUUUUGUCUGCCACCAUAGACAAGAAGCACCAAAAUGGCACCAAAAACAACAACAAGCCUUACAGGAGACUUUCAGAGAGAGAAUUUGACCCAAAUAAACACUGUGGAGUAUUGGAUCCCGAGACAAAGAAACCUUGCACAAGAUCCCUCACCUGCAAGACUCAUUCGCUAAGCCAUCGGAGGGCAGUCCCAGGCCGGAAAAAGCAAUUUGACCUCCUUCUGGCGGAACACAAAGCCAAGUCCCGGGAAAAAGAAGUUAAAGAUAAAGAGCAUCUCCUGACUUCGACAAGGGAAGUACUUCCAAACCCAUCCGGGCCAGCGCAGGACUCGCUGCCGGGAUCUUCAGGGAGCUUGGGCCCAGAACCUAAAGUCGCGUCCCCUGCGAAGUCCAGGCCACCUAACUCUGUGCUUCCUAGACCAUCAUCUGCAAAUAGCAUAAGCAGCAGCACAUCUUCAAAUCACAGUGGCUACACUCCGGAACCCCCUCUACCCCCAGUUGGAGGUGACCUCGCCAGCCGACUGUCAAGUGAUGAAGGGGAGAUGGACGGAGCCGACGAAUCCGAGAAGUUAUUAGACUGUCAUUUCUCCACCCACCACCCCAGACCUCUUGCGUUUUGCUCAUUCGGGAGUCGCCUCAUGGGACGAGGGUACUAUGUGUUUGAUAGAAGAUGGGACCGUUUUCGAUUCGCACUAAACUCCAUGGUAGAAAAACACUUGAAUUCACAGAUGUGGAAGCACAGAAACCCGAGCCACAGGGCAUCAGGUCCCUCCCCCCUUUUCAGGACUUGCCUAACCAAUCUGCUGUCACUGAGCAACAUUGGGGCUGCCUGGGUAUCAACUCUGGAGAGCGUAGCACCCCGCUGCCCUCUCCGCCUCGCUGCCCAAACCCCAGGCCCCGACGGGCCCGAACCUGGAGGGAUGGCAGCCGAUGGGGGCGUGGAAGACAUUAGGAAGAAAAGGAACGGCCAAGACUCUUUUUUCUUUAACAAGCAUUUAACUCUGCAUCAGGAGACGCCAGCACAGUAUUCUCUUUCAGCCAGGAAGAUCCCUCCUGCGGCAGAUAGCCCCAUGCCCUCGCCAGCAGCCCACAUCACCACCCCUGUUCCAGCAUCCGUUUUACAGCCUUUCAGCAACCCCAGUGCUGUGUAUCUUCCUUCAGCUCCCAUCAGCUCGAGACUCACCUCUUCUUACAUAAUGACAUCAGCCAUGCUCUCAAAUGCAGCUUUUGUGACAUCGCCGGACCCGAGCGCCCUCAUGUCACACACCACAGCUUUCCCUCAUGUGGCCGCAACCCUCAGCAUCAUGGACUCAACCUUCAAGGCCCCAUCCGCCGUGUCCCCGAUACCAGCUGUCAUCCCUUCCCCAUCCCACAAGCCAUCCAAAACCAAAACCAGCAAAUCCUCAAAAGUCAAAGACCUGUCCGCCCGUAGCGACGAGUCUCCAAGUAACAAAAAGAGGAAGCCGCAGUCUUCGACUUCCGCCUCUUCCUCCUCUUCCUCCUCCUCCUUAUCCCUGCAGACGUCCCUCUCGUCCCCAUUAUCAGGGCCCCACAAAAAGAACUGUGUUUUGAAUGCCAGUUCAGCUUUGAACUCCUAUCAGGCAGCCCCUCCCUAUAACAGUCUGUCUGUGCACAACUCAAACAAUGGGGUGAGCCCACUCAGUGCCAAACUGGAGCCCUCAGGACGGACCUCGCUGCCCGGUGGCCCUACGGACCUAGUGAGACACAUGGGCUCGGGGGGCGGCAGCAGUGACUCCUGUCCCCUCUCUGUGCCCUCCCUUGCAGGGGACCUCUCUCUGGCCUCACACAAUGCCGUGUCUUCUCUGCCCCUCUCUUUUGACAAAUCAGAAGGAAAAAAGCGUAAGAACUCAAGUUCUAGUAGCAAAGCCUGUAAAAUCACUAAAAUGCCUGGAAUGAAUAGCGUUCACAGAAAGAACCCACCCAGCCUUCUCGCACCGGUGCCCGAUCCCGUUAACAGCACCUCCUCUCGGCAGGUUGGGAAAAAUAGCAGCCUAGCUUUGUCACAAUCCAGUCCUUCAAGCAUAUCCAGCCCAGGACACAGCCGACAGAAGACCACAAACAGAACGGGCAGGAUAAGGACUCUUCCAUAACAAGACUAUGAAGCCACUUCCAAACCAAUGCCUGGCCACGGGACCUCCCCCCAGGAGGCCAAGGCCAGGGGAGGGAGGGGAGUGGGCAGUGGGGAAGAGUCUGUUUCCUGUGCCCUGCCUGUGGCUCUGGCCUUUCUUCUUCUUUUUUUAAUUGACCAAUUUUUAGUUUUGAGGAAAAAGAAAAAGGCAAAAAGAACGUGAAUUUGAGAUUUACAGAAAACAAUACCAGUGUUUGGUUUCCGUUCUUGCCACGUGUAUACCUUCUUCCAAGUUUGGGGUCCCUCCUCUAGCUUCUGAUGCUGCUACUGCAUCAUUUUGCUCCAGCCACAAGAGCAGACAUUGUAGAAUGUCCGUUCCUGGUUGGCAUCGUCUGGAACUCUUGAACUUGAGCAUGUGCAGUGCUCCUUUCCUUGCCCUCUCCCAUCCUUCCCUUCUGUCCCCUCCUACCUGCCACUCUCUGGGUCCCCACUGACCAUCAGAGGUGCGGGCUCUCAAAACCUCCCUCUAGACAGCCUGCUGCAUCGGGGGCGGUUACUGGGGAGCAGCCCGUGUUUGGGGAGCCUAGAGCAGAGAGCUGGAGGGUGGACGAGGGCCCUCAUCAGGUUUCUAGGACGCACCAGCACAGAGGAGCCAGAUGCAGAGUUGAGAACAGCAGCCAUUUAAUGAUGGGGCUUACUCAGUACCACUAUCCAGCUGUGCAGCUCGGAGAGGAUGUCCUGGGUUAGGGACAGGGGCAGGAAUGGACCCGGGAGGUGGCAGGAAGAAGGGCCUGGGGGUAGGAGGAGAUAUCCUCAAAAGAUGGUGGGAACUGGGUGACUGUGAUCAUCUGAGCGUGUUAGGAAUCCAUGCUGCAAAAUCCCUUCCAGGGCACCGUGUACAAGGGCGCAAAGCUGGGCGAGUCACGGGGAGGAAUCCCAGGGAAUAGGGCACAAGACCUCAGGAAGCCACUCAGGAAGAGGCACAGUGCCCACCGCUGUGGAAGGUCUCAGGCUGCCCUCCGGGGCGCUGCCAGAGGAGAAAAAGCAGAGCCGGAAGGAAAGGCCUGAGGGAAAGCUGCCAUGGAGGGUUAAUUGCCCAACGGCUGGUGAUUGGUGAGAAUAAUUACUAGCAUUGCCCAGCCACCUCCAUGCCCUGGGCCCGAGGGCCCCGUGGACUCAGCACACCCAUAGAUCAGCUCAUGCUAGGUUGUCAGAGGCCACCACUCCGAUACAGCCAACCCAGGAAGGAGUGGUAAGGCCACUGCUUAUGGAGAAGAGCCAUUUGGAAGAUCCGGAAGGGAGAAGCUGGAGGCCUGCAGCUAUAAAAACUGUUCACACUGGAGUUUUGAAAGAAACCAAUACCAUAAGCUCUAAUUGGGAAUCAUAGUCAAGAAAGGAAUUCACCGUAUAAAAUAAGUGUUCUGUGCUAUGAAUCAUGUAACUUUGUAUACAGUAUAACGGCAGAGAUACCAGGAGGUUUUGCUUCAUCCCUAAGUCAGAAAUGAAUGCCAGUUUUGCAGCUGGACAUAAACCCUCAUCCCCACCCUGAAGUUCUCCUUUUCUUUCCCAUUCCCCCCAAACCCAAGGAUCAGACUACUGUUAAAUUUCACCGUAUGAUUGGAUUUUGCAAAGACGGGAGGCAAAUGGAGUGAUUUGCAUCAAUGGAAUUGCACUGACAGUGUUUCUUAAUAGGAUUACUAAAAUUUUUAAUAUAAAAUGAAGAUUUUUUUAAAAAUCAGGAGUUGAUAUUAGGUACUAGGACAUUAGUUCAGAUGAUUUCAUUUUUAUUUCUACAGUGUUAAAAGUGCACUUAUAUGCUGGUUUAUUUCCGUCUUGGGAAAAAGAGACUGCAAAUUGAAGGGAAGAUUGUUACUUUUUCUUUUUUUAAAAAAAAAAAAGGUUAAGGCAGAUUUUAAGACUUAUAAAUGUUUAAGAAAUUAUAAACAAGGUUAGACCCUUUGAAAAAAAAGUUUAGAAGAUAUUCUUAAAGUAAAUUUUU